AAUCAGCCGGGGGAGGGGGGGGGGGGGAGAUGACAGAGUGGAGGCAGAAAGUGGACUAAAUUCAAUAACUGCUCUCCGUUAGCCAGAAACAUGCUAACUGGGACUGUGAGAGAUGUAACCAGCUCUGGACCUCUGUAACCCUUGUGUCUAUCAAGUGCUGAAUUUGCAACCAUUAUUUUGAUUAUUUUUUUAAAAUUUGGAAACCGCUGCAGUGCUCACUGCCGCCUCUCAACUUCUCAUAUUGGUGUGUCUGAAGGAAAGUUUGGGGUUUGUUUGUUUCUGGACGAUCCCUGUUCGGGCGAUGAGUGAGAGGAGGCGAUCUGCGGCUGCCCUCAGUUCGAGGGCGCACGCCUUCUCGGUGGAAGCGCUGAUCGGGACAAAUAAAAAGCGGAAAAUCCAAGAAUGGGGCGAAAAGACCAUGGAGCUGAGUGUGGACAGUAUAAACCCGGAUUCGGAGCUUGGCGACAGCGUGGAUUCAAGCCAGUGUAUGGAGAUCAACUCCGAGUCCCAGCUGAGCUCAGAUCAAGAGCAGAGCCCGGCGGCAGAGGGGGAGAGCCCAGCUCAACACACAGCCUGUUCCUAUAGCUCUCCCACAGAACUCACUGCCAACCCCUCCUCAUCUCUCCCAACCUCCUCCAUGGAUGAGAUUCAGAUGGAGCUACAAUGUGCUGAUCUUUGGAAGAGAUUUCAUGACAUUGGCACCGAAAUGAUUAUUACCAAAGCUGGAAGGCGAAUGUUCCCGGCAAUGAGAGUGAAGAUCACAGGGCUCGAUCCACAUCAACAAUAUUACAUAGCAAUGGACAUCAUUCCUGUUGAUAACAAGAGAUAUCGAUACGUUUAUCACAGUUCAAAAUGGAUGGUUGCAGGGAACGCAGAUUCACCAGUCCCUCCUCGAGUCUACAUCCAUCCAGACUCUCUAGCAUCUGGAGACACAUGGAUGCGACAAGUCAUCAGCUUUGAUAAACUCAAACUUACAAACAAUGAAUUGGAUGAUCAAGGACAUAUAAUUCUUCAUUCCAUGCACAAAUAUCAGCCCCGGGUGCAUGUGAUCCGAAAGGAUUUCAGCAGCGAACUGUGUCCAACCAAACCAGUGCCUGGGGGAGAGGGGGUGAAAACUUUCACUUUCCCAGAGACGGUCUUCACCACUGUAACAGCAUAUCAAAACCAGCAGAUUACAAGGCUGAAGAUCGACAGAAAUCCAUUCGCGAAAGGAUUCCGGGACUCGGGCAGGAACAGGACUGGCUUAGAAGCCAUCAUGGAGACAUAUGCCUUCUGGAGACCUCCUGUUCGGACUCUCACAUUUGAAGAUUUUACCAACAUGCAAAAACAGCAAGGAGGUAGUACAGGAACAUCUCCAACAACUUCUAGCCCAGGAACUCCAUCCCCUUCAGCAUCUUCCCAUCUGCUGUCUCCAUCUUGCUCCCCGCCAACCUUCCACCUCACCCCCAAUACCUUUAAUGUUGGCUGCAGGGAGAGUCAACUCUGCAACCUAAACCUCUCCGAAUAUCCAGCUUGUGCCCGAGGCAACAUGGCCACCUUGCAGAGUUACCCAGCUCUAGCUGAGGGUGGAUACAACCGGUUACAAGGUCCUAGUGCAUCUUCUCAACCACCAGCAGAAACAUUUGUUCCACAGAGGACUUCUUCAUUAAUUUCUGCAGUACCCACCCCUUCUUCAUUACAAGGCAACAACAAGAUGGAUGCUUACAGCAGUCAACUGCCACCAUUUACUGCUUCCCAGUUUCAAUACGUCAUGCAAACAGGAAGUCCUGCCUCUAACACCUCUUCAUCUCACAUGUUUAGUGGUAGUCAUGUCCAGCAGAGCUCCUACAAUGCCUUUUCAUUACAUAACCCCUAUAAUAUUUAUGGCUACAACUUCUCUGCCUCACCCAGACUGGCAGGCAGCCCUGAGAAACUUAAUGCAUCCCAAAGCACUUUACUCUGUUCCUCUUCACCCAAUGGGGCCUUCAGCGAGAGACAGUUCUUGUCCACGGGAAUAGAUGGGAUGCAUGUGAUUGGCUCCAGUCCUACCCAGCAGCCGCAGAACGCAUGUGACGCCAGACAGUAUGGGACUGUCCCAGGGAGUUCUUCACAAAUGUCAGUUCAUAUGGUAUAAAAGCAAUAUUUAAAAAUAAAAUCUUUACCUGAGUUGUCCAUACACAUACAGCACUAUGCACUACGGCCUUCACAGUGGAUUGAUGUCAGUACCAGUUAUGUAGAAAUAUUGACUACAGAGCACAUUAAAUCUAAUCUUCCCACUUUAACUGCCCUACAACACAGAUGACACAAUGAUCUUUGAAGCUGUAGUGUUAUUGGGAUAAAUAACCCUUAGCUAAUCUACCUAUACACUACACAGAAGUAAACAUAAUCGGGUCUCUAUCAUUGUCUAGAACUUGUGGAUAUUUACCCUUUUACACACAUUAUAGAACAUAUAAGUGAAUCUGUUGCUGGAACAGCUUAACUUCCAGAAAAUGGAUAACGCCUGUCCCUUGUAGAGGCAAAUGUGAUUUGCAUUGAUAAUGGACAGUGUAUCGUGUCUAGUUUUCAGUAAAAGAUGCUUGCAUUUCUUGAAAGUAUUAUAUCCUGUUUUUGGACCUUUAUUGUGCCAAGCUCUAAAUUGUAGUGUUCAGAAUUUUCUCAUCCUCCAUUUGGCCUCUGCACCAAUUGUAGUAUUUCACAAAUAGCCCAUUCCAAAGUCAAUUUCAUAGGCCCUUAACAGAAGAACUUUGUUUUAAGUUUCUAAGAAACAAGCUUUUUGCUCCCUUUUUGCAAUUUUGCAAAUAUGUAUUGUUGGUUAAGUAAAAUACCUAACUUGAUCAAAGUAUAGAAAAUUCAGACAAUGGAUGGAUUUGGGCUCGUCUGGAAAAUAAAUGAAAACGUUUCUCAUCAGUGCUGACAAAGCCUAUUAAUGUUGAAAGUUUGUUUUUCUUUCUACUUUUAACCAACUGUUUGAAUUAAAUGAACACUAUUGGAAAUAUUGCACUGAUCCAGAUGGGCACAGUGUUGUGCAAGUAGCAAAGCACAAAUGUCAUGAAUUAAGCCUUUGGGUGAUAAAGUGUACUUGCCUGCCCUAUUGAAUUCCUUAGUUUGGAUGUGCCAUGUGAAAUAGCUGAAAGGCACACAGAAUCUUCUCAUCUCUGGAUGGUAUGACAGCAUAUCUUCAUCCAAAGAAGAAUCAGCACUUACUGAAAUAGUCUUGGAACUUGGUGAAUUACAUGUAAGGAAAGUCUUGACUCUUUUGUGCUAAGUGUUUGGAUCUGCUAAUCUAACAAUGGAAACUUUCCCUAGCUCGUAUAAUUCUGCCUGUAUUGAAGCAACUCCCUGUAAACUGUUCCUGUAAAUCAAAUUAAAAAUGUGUGGGGAAUAAAACUGUGCUUGUGAAAAUGUUCCUUUU